UCGACACCAGCCAAACACACACCCUUGUACUACACUCCGCCCUCCCACGCGGAUGACGCACUGAGCCCUGCUCACAAGUCCGAACAGAUUCGGAACAUCAUUCAGUUUCAUCGAGCUCAUCUCUUGGUCUGCAUCUGUUGGGGUCCAACCAGCAUCGCGAUGCGGCUCUCACAAGCCUCCGCCUUCCUACUCUUCUGGAGAUCGAGCUACGCAGCAACCAACUCCGAAACAGAAGCGACCAUCCUCCGCCACCAUGCAGAGCUAGAAGCGAGAUUCGCAGAAUCGCCCGUGCAAGGCGUGCGGAAAAUGAGCGACGAUGAGGGCGAGAAGUUCUUUCUUGAGUACUGGCAGUUCGCCGGGGAUUCAGAGGGUGCGGCAGCGAUUGUUUCUUCCGGAGAGAUUCAAAGUAGAUCGAUCUUUGAAUUCGAUGGUCGAGAGAGCGACGAUCGAACCGAUUUCUCGCCUGCCCAGUUCCUCACUAGGUCGUAUCCAUUUUCUCCCGCUCUGCCUGGCCUUGAUGAGGGCAGCAAUGUCACAAGGCGCUAUGGUAUUCUUUUGAGGAAUAGUCUAUUCGGUCGAGAUUUUGAGUGUCCUACUGGAACAAAUCCGUGCUUGUCUAUUAAUCGAUCGGAUCGCUGCUGUGCGACGGGGGAUACUUGUCAAGUGAUUAAGGAGACGGGUCAUGGCACUGUUGGAUGUUGUCCGAAGGGGCAGACGUGCGGUGGGGGUGUGGGUUCUUGUCAGAGUGGGUAUACGGCUUGUUCGAAGGCUUUGGGUGGAGGAUGCUGUAUUCCGGGAUAUGAGUGUGUUGAAGGUGGAUGUGCUUACACUUCGGUGGUUACAGUAACAAUUGACCAUACCAUCACGACUUCUACGAUUACCUAUUCGACUCGGCCACAAACAACUCAUUCUGUCGGGACUACGGAGACGACAUCGACGUCGAAGAGCUUCGAGUCAACGGAAACCACUUCUACCGAUAAACUGACACAACCGGCGCGUCCGACGAGUUUGCAUACCACCCAAGGAACAACGACGAUGACCGGCGGGGGUUCAAAUAUGUGCCCGACGGGAUUCUACGCUUGCUCUGCUGUUUACCAUGGCGGGUGCUGUCAGACAGGGAGAGAUUGCGACACAACAUCAUGCCCGACGACCAGGUCGACGACGUUGACGUCCAACGGCAAGACCAUAGUUGUACCCGUGACAACCGGCGGCUCUGACACCGGCUCUGGAAGAUGCGCAAUUGGGUGGUUUAGCUGUGCAGAUACAGCAGGUGGAGGGUGUUGUCCGCGAGGAUAUGCAUGUGGCUCUAGUUGUACCGCGACGGCGGCUACCGCGACGACGACAGUUAAAAAGGAACGACCUACUAGCAGCGGGGGACGGAAGUUAGCAACUGCUCAAUUCCUGCUGCCAGAACAAAGAAAACAAUGGAUGUCAUCAACGCAAACGGUAAAAGGAAACGCCCGACCCCACGGGGGCUUAGUAAUGCGCGGUAAUUCGUUCCUGCGCAGGCAGGAGGUACCGAUCACCGAAUUUGGCCGACACCGGGUCCCGUCUGGGCGAUCUCCGCUCUCUCUCCUCCUCUCCUACUCACCAGCACGUUUGGUAAGUUCCCCCCGGCGAAUUCCCCCUAGAUUGUGGCCAUUUGCAAUUCCUGCAAAUCUUGCACUUUCAGCAUCUGCUACUCUGUCCACGAUCCCAUUAUCGUCCCACUGGACUGUGCUGAACUCCUGCGCUAGGACCGUCGCCAUCAUGUCUGAGAAGCAGCAACAGCCCCUUCCCUUCAUCUACCAAUUCGCCGCCGGUGCGGUGGCUGGUGUCUCCGAGGUAUGUUCUCCCUACGUCUGGCAAUCUGCUAGGCCUGCCCCGGCGUCUCCCGCGAGCGGAAUCCGACCAGACAGUAAAGAUAACACAGAAUUAACGAGCGAAAUCACACAGGUACCCAUUGGACGUCGUCAAGACCCGAGUCUUCAGACCGGAGCCGCCACCGCUGGUGCCGAGCACUACAAUGGCAUGUUCGACUGCUUCCGCAAGAUCAUUAAGAAUGAGGGUGCUUCGCGUCUGUACCGCGGUAUCUCCGCUCCCAUUCUGAUGGAGGCGCCCAAGCGUGCGACCAAGUUCGCCGCCAACGACAGCUGGGGCUCCUUCUAUCGCGGCCUGUUCGGCGUGGAGAAGCAGACCCAGGGCCUGGCCACUCUGACCGGUGCCACGGCUGGUGCCACCGAGGCCUUCGUCGUCGUUCCCUUCGAGCUGGUCAAGAUUCGCCUGCAGGACAAGGCCUCCGCGGGCAAGUACAACGGCAUGCUGGACGUGGUCAAGAAGAUCGUGCAGACCGAGGGUCCUUUGGCCAUGUACAACGGUCUAGAGUCGACCCUGUGGCGCCACAUCCUGUGGAACGCCGGUUACUUCGGCUGCAUCUUCCAGGUCCGCGCCCAGCUGCCCAAGCCCGAGCCCGGCAACAAGAGCCAGCAGACCCGUAACGACCUGAUCGCUGGUACCAUCGGUGGUAUCGCUGGUACGAUCCUCAACACCCCCAUGGACGUCGUCAAGUCCCGCAUCCAAAACACCACCAAGGUCCCCGGUCAGAUCCCCAAGUAUAACUGGGCCUGGCCCGCCAUCGGCACGGUCAUGAAGGAGGAGGGCUUCGGUGCCCUGUACAAGGGAUUCAUCCCCAAGGUGCUGCGUCUCGGCCCUGGUGGCGGUAUCCUGCUGGUCGUCUUCACGGGUGUGAUGGAUUUCUUCCGCAAGAUGCGCAACGAGUAA